ACUUCAACGCAAAUCAGACAGAGAACCGACACAGAACAUACAUGUGGUAUUUUACAUUUUUAUUUACUAUGUGGUAAAUUGUUUUCUUUUUGUUGUUUUUAUAAUGUGUGCAUUACAAUUUCACCUUUUCCUUUCUUCCGGUAUUUUCACAUAAAGGGGUCCCAGUGGUGAUUAGUGAAAACUUUGAGCGAUUCUUUUGUCUUUAAAGCAAUAAAUUUAUGAAAGAAAGUCUCGUCUGGGCUUCAUUAGCCUGGCCUUCUCCGUCGGGGGUAAAUGAAAAUGACAUUUAAAACAGUUACUUGAGCAGAAAACAGCCGCCAAUCACUCUUAAAGGGGAAGGAUUGCAAUUAACAGCCCUCUCCUAAUCCCCUCGUUUCACCUCCUACGCCGCCUCAGCUUUGUCCACCUCUCUCUCCCAGCUCACUCCUCUCCCACUCUCCUCUCUGAGCUGGAGUGGAUAGCGUCUGAACUCGGCUGCUAAACGCUCUUUACCAUUGGAGUGCAUCUAUUUGGGGCUGUUUGUCACACAAAGAGAACAUAUUUAGAGAAAUGCUCGGUAAUCAACGGCAGCUGAGCGACUGCAGGCGGUGCACAUAGCGAAUCUGGGAAGAGUGAAGUUGGAGGGAGAGCUGCUGAGAGGAACAGGUGGAGCACUGGCAUCAGUAACUUCAGCACUUCAGCAUAUUUACUUCCAAGAGGCCCAGGUGAUUGCCCAGACGCUCGAAUGCAUUUAUCGCUGGAUACCAUGAGCAUGGUGGACGACAGCUGCCUCUCGCCCAGCAAUUUCCACGAACUGGGUAAAGGUGGGGGCGUUGCAGUGGGAGGCCGUGUCCACAGCAUCGAUGUCAUCCUGGGUUUCAGCAAAGAGCAGGACCCCUUGCUAAGUCCCGCCACGGCCCCCGGACCCCACAAAGUGACCAUAGACGGCCUGGCUGAGACCGGGAAGCAGCAGGAGCCCUCGUCGCACCCGUCCUACAGCGGGCACCUUUCCUCUCUGAGAAGCAGCAGCGGCACAGAGCAGCAGCAGUACCACGACUCCAGCUUAUUUGCAAACAAAUGUGAUCAGGAACUGAGCGAGCUGAGGAAGAGUAUAGAGAGCGAUGAAGGCAAGUCUCCGGAGCCAAGCAAGGAUGAGCAGCCCAAGAAGAAACACAGGCGCAACCGCACCACCUUCACCACCUACCAGCUGCACGAGCUGGAGCGUGCCUUUGAAAAGUCCCAUUACCCAGACGUGUACAGCCGCGAGGAGCUCGCCAUGAAGGUGAACCUCCCCGAAGUCCGAGUUCAGGUCUGGUUUCAGAACCGCAGAGCUAAAUGGCGCCGGCAGGAAAAAAUGGACGCCAGCACCAUGAAGCUCCACGAUUCACCCAUGCUCUCUUUCAACCGUCCGGCACCAGUUCACACCGGCAUGGGUCCAAUGACCAACUCCCUCCCCUUGGAACCCUGGCUGACCUCUCCCCUGUCCAGUGCUACACCUGUACACAGUAUCCCAGGCUUCAUGGGUCCAGCUCAAGGCCUCCAGCCCAGCUACCCAAGCCACCAUUUCCUCAACUCCACCCCUCAUGCUCCUCACGGUCCUCAUGGUCCUCAUCCACACCCUCACACUCAUCCCCAUCCGUCCAUGGGUCAGGGGAUGCAGAGCAUGGCUCCUCCUCCUUAUCAGUGUCCAGCACCGUACCCUGAAAAGUACCCUUUGGAGGAUGUGGACCAGCGCAGCUCCAGUAUUGCUGCGCUGAGGAUGAAAGCCAAGGAACACAUCCAGUCUAUGGACAAGACCUGGCAACCCAUGUGACUAAUGAGCUCGGCGGUCGACCUGAGCAAUGCUGGAAGUGACACGUCACGUGCUACGCCACUAAGUGAAAGAAGCGGAUUCUGAACUGUGAAAGUUGAGGACGUAAGAAUUUUUUGGGGGGGGAGACUUUAUUUUCUUUUUUACUUCUUCCCCCUUAAAAAACAACUGAAACCUUCAGCGGGUCAAAAGUUUCCGAUAUUUUUGCUCGUCCAAUCUCUAGGUGUGUAU